AUGGGAGAGUACAUUCCAGAGACUGCAAAUGCUUGGAGAAAAGGAUACAAUCAUUUGGAAACGACGACUUAUAAUAGAGUCUUUCUUUUCUCUUCCAGACUAUUUGUUUGGUGCUUCUUUUUUGGAAAGAUCUAUUAUUCCGCAACCAAAUAUACAGAACUGGCAGAAAUAAUCAUGCAACAAGGCUAUUACGGAGAGCAUUGUUUCCGAGGAUUUUCGACAGACGCAUUUUCUCAAGUUUCUUGGUGGCUGAGUAUUUCAGGGCUUUCAAUGGUCGCGGAGAGCGAUAUAAAGCGCAAUAACAAUCUCAUCAGAGAAGGUUCACCUUCAUACGCCGUCUUCGUCUCUUUGAAGCUAAUUUCCCUGACACAGGUCGCAGUUUUAUCGUAUGAGCUGUCUGAACUCCUUCAAUCUGUUGGACUUGAAAACCUCACGUCAAAUACAGUUUUUGCUUUGACUUUUCUGCGAUUAACCUUUUGGGUCAUUUGCGUGUUUCACUCUUCUUACGAAUGUCCUCUUUAUGCGUCUGCCGUGCUACUGAUCCAGUUCUGGCAUCAACGAAUUUCGUAUCAAAAUAUUCAAUUAGCGCUGAAACUCAUUCCCGCCGCGAUUUAUCUAUAUCCAGCUGCUCUUUCGGCUUAUCCCUUCCAACGAUUUAUUCACGAAAAAGAAGAUUGA